GGCGAAUUUAAUAUUUGUUAAAUUAUGGAGCCGGCCUACGUCAGACCUUGUGAAAUUCCAAACUGUCCGCCAGAGAGGCCCAAUCUUUUUUUUCUUCCUACUUGUUCUCUUCUCUUCUUAUUAAUCUGGGAUCCAUCGCCUCCCUUUCAAGUUCAUUAGGGUGAUCGAAACGUUGUUGUCUACCUGUCUCCCCAUUCAUUCUGGCCUUCAAGCAGUCUAUGCUACACUUGGACCAGAGCACUGGCAGGGGGGUUUGGGUGCGGGGUCGAGUGCUGCCCCUCUCUUCCUUUACCUUACCCCUUCUACUACUAUGGUACCCCUCCGCCAUUUCCCCUGCCCCUGUAAACCCUGACGAACAUGGAACUUGACAGGGCUCAGCAUACUACAAAACCCUCGGAAAACGUUUCCCGACCCCGCCCAAUCCCUCCCACCCCCUAGUUAGAAAAUGAAAAGGAAAGCAAAACGACCCUUUAACCCCCAAAUCCACGACGCGCUUGAGGCGCCUAACCCAUGCACCAAAAAGGCUGAGGAAAUAGAAGGAAAGAGAGAGGAGGAAAAAAACGAAAAAGAGGGAGACACCCAGCUGCUAUAUCCAAUAACUGAAACACUGGACUCAUACACACACACGCACACCACAACUCUCUACGUACCCAUGCAGACCCCGGGACCGGACGUCAGGUCUACGUCCUUCUUUCGGAGACGCUUGGCGGGCACACGUUCGGCCCACCUACCCGCCAGCUGCUUAGCGAGCAGAACAGGGCCAAGCACGCCCCAACUGACCAAUUCCAGGUUGAGGCACGACCCCAAGGACGGAGAACACUCACCCUGCCCAACAACCCAAAACCUACUUCAUACUCAAGUGUGGUACCGCCCGCAUUGUGUACUGGCAGACAUGAGUCACACCACAAGAUGACAAUCACUCAAGGGAAUCAUCGAGAUCAUCCAUAUAGCAGCUUGAAAUCACCCGUGGAAUGAUCUGCUACACGAUCAUGUUAUGUAGUGGAAGUAUCCAUGGAACACUUGCCCUAUGGUACAUCUCACGAGACGGGUUGUUUUUUCCAAUAAAAAUAAAUAAAAAUAAAAAAUUUUCGUAUUGGGCACUUU